AUGGCUUUCACAAGCUUUGGGGUGAUCAGAAACAACAUUGUUUCAUCAAAGUUAGGAGAUAGCAAGCUUUCAGGGCAUGGAAAAAAAGGCUCUCAUGGGAUGAAUUUGCCAUUGAAACUUAGGGUUAUGAAUGUAGCCUUGGAAGGAGUUAGUGGUGCUCCGCAGGCUAAUACUGUUCUGGUGAGGGAUACUGAGGUGAGGAAGAAGCAUGUAGCGUGGGAGAGCAUAAGGCAAGAGAGAUGGGAAGGAGAAUUGGAGGUCCAAGGCCAAAUUCCUCUCUGGUUGAGUGGCACAUACCUGAGGAAUGGCCCAGGCAUGUUCAACAUUGGGGACUAUGGACUCAGGCACCUCUUUGAUGGCUAUGCUACCCUCAUCCGCCUGCACUUCGAGAACGGCCGCCUCAUCGCAGGCCACAGCCAAAUUCAGUCAGAAGCUUACAGGGCCGCCAAAUCACAUGGCCGCCUUUGCUACCGAGAAUUCUCCGAGGUCCCAAAGACCGCCAACUUCCUCGCGUACAUCGGCGAGCUUGCCUCCCUAGUCUCUGGAGAAUCCUUAACCGACAAUGCCAACACUGGUGUCAUCAAACUAGGUGAUGGUCGGGUCGUUUGUAUGACAGAGACAACAAAAGGGUCAAUACAAGUCGAUCCCAACACUCUGAAAACAAUCGGGAAAUUUGAAUAUACUGAUAACUUGGGUGGGCUCAUACACUCUGCUCAUCCAAUUGUGACUGACGAGGAGUUUCUGACAUUAUUGCCAGACUUGGUUUACCCUGGAUAUAGGGUGGUUAGGAUGGUUGCAGGUUCGAAUAAGAGAGAGUUGAUUGGAAGAGUGGAUUGUAGAGGAGGCCCAGCUCCAGGGUGGGUGCAUAGUUUCCCAGUGACACAGAAUUACAUUCUAGUGCCGGAGAUGCCGCUGAGAUACUGUGUGCAGAACUUACUGAAGGCGGAGCCAACACCACUCUUUAAGUUCGAGUGGCACCCCGAGUCAAAGGGAUUCAUGCAUGUCAUGUGCAAGAGGAGUGGCAAAGUUGUUGCCAGCGUUGAGGUGCCACUAUACGUGACGUUUCAUUUCGUAAAUGCCUAUGAGGAGCAUGACGAGGAAGGGCGCGUGACUGCGAUCAUUGCUGAUUGUUGCGAGCACAAUGCAGACGCAUCAAUUCUUCAAAGGCUUACCUUGCAAAACCUACGAUCCUUUUCUGGCAAAGAUGUACUACCAGAUGCCAGGGUUGGGAGAUUUACAAUUCCAUUGGAUGGAAGCCCAAUGGGGAAGCUGGAGGCAGCCUUGGACCCAGAUCAACAUGGAAGAGGGAUGGAUAUGUGCAGCUUCAAUCCUGCUUAUUUGGGCAAGAAAUACAGAUACCUCUAUGCAUCUGGAGCCAAGCGCCCCUGUAACUUCCCAAACACAAUUACAAAGAUUGAUUUGGAGAUCAAGACAGCAAAAAACUGGCAUGAUGAGGGUGGUGUACCCUCCGAACCCUUCUUCGUAGCCAGGCCCGGUGCCACAGCUGAAGAUGAUGGUGUGGUGAUUUCCAUGGUAAGCGACAAAGAAGGCGGAGGAUAUGCAAUCUUAUUUGAUGGCCCCACCUUUGAAGAGAUUGCUAGAGCAAGAUUUCCUUACGGCCUUCCAUAUGGCCUCCAUGGAUGCUGGGUCCCAAAGAACUGAAAUCCUCCCAACAGAUCUCUUUUGGACGAGAUCUCAUAGUGGCCAGACAAGUUCCUUCUUGUACUCACAGAAUUCAUCAACUGUUACUUGUGUGGAUAGCUCUACUGUUUUCCUUUUUAUCAUAGAUUGAGGCUUUUCUACUAGGUUAGAUACAAAAAAAAAAAA